AUGUCCACCAUGGCAAGCGGUGCGAAGUUGGAGGCGUCGCAUCCUCCGCAGCCUGCGGUUGUCCCAGCCCCUGCAAAAAAAGUUCAUUAUCCUUUCUGGUUUGGUGGUUCAGCAUCAUGCUUAGCGGCUGCCGUCACUCAUCCUCUGGAUCUUGACACUGAUCGAUGUACGCUUCAAAAUCUACAGGUCCGUCUGCAAACCCGUGGGCCCGGUGCCCCCUCGACUAUGAUCGGCACCUUCGGACAUGUGUUCAAGAAUGACGGAUUCCGGGGUCUAUACAGCGGGUUGUCUGCCGCAAUGUUGCGCCAGAUCACCUACUCUACCACACGGUUCGGUAUCUACGAGGAACUCAAAAACCACUUCACAUCCCCGGACUCUCCUCCUGGCCUCCUAACCCUGAUCGGCAUUGCUUCUACCUCCGGCUUCAUCGGCGGCAUUGCCGGAAAUCCCGCCGACGUCAUGAACGUGCGCAUGCAAUCCGACGCCGCCCUUCCCCCGGCCCAGCGCCGCAACUACCGCAAUGCGCUGCACGGUCUGGCGACCAUGUCCCGCACCGAGGGUCUCGCCAGCUUAUUCCGUGGAGUCUGGCCGAACUCGACCCGUGCCGUUCUCAUGACCACUUCCCAAUUGGCCACCUACGACUCCUUCAAGCGCCUGUGCAUCGAAAACCUCGGCAUGUCCGAUAACAUGGGAACGCACUUCACGGCCUCCUUCAUGGCCGGCUUCGUCGCUACCACUGUCUGCAGUCCUGUGGACGUCAUCAAGACCCGCGUCAUGAGCGCCUCCCCCGCUGAGGGCCGCGGCCAGAGCAUCCUGGGCUUGCUACGCGAUAUUACCCGCAAGGAGGGUCUUGCCUGGGCCUUCCGCGGCUGGGUUCCCAGUUUCAUUCGCUUGGGUCCCCAUACCAUCGCUACUUUCAUCUUCCUCGAAGAACACAAGAAGCUUUACCGCCUGUUCAAGGGUAUUCCCGAGACCGGCAAGCACUAA